GUCAGCCGGGGCUAGAAAAGGCGGCGGGGCUGGGCCCAGGGAGGUGACAGCCGCGCUUGGACGCAGAGCCCGGCCCGACGCCGCCAUGAGCGCCGCCCUCUUCAGCCUGGACGGCCCGGCGCGCGGCGCGCCCUGGCCUGCGGAGCCUGCGCCCUUCUACGAGCCGGGCCGAGCUGGCAAGCCGGGACGCGGGGCCGAGCCGGGGGCCUUAGGCGAGCCAGGGGCCGCCGCCCCCGCCAUGUACGACGACGAGAGCGCCAUCGACUUCAGCGCCUACAUCGACUCCAUGGCCGCCGUGCCCACCCUGGAGCUGUGCCACGACGAGCUCUUCGCCGACCUCUUCAACAGCAAUCACAAGGCGGGCGGCGCGGGGCCCCUGGAGCUUCUGCCCGGCGGCCCCGCGCGCCCCUUGGGCCCGGGCCCCGCCGCUCCGCGCCCGCUCAAGCGCGAGCCCGAUUGGGGCGACGGCGACGCGCCCGGCUCGCUGCUGCCCGCGCAGGUGGCCGCGUGCGCACAGACCGUGGUGAGCCUGGCGGCCGCAGGGCAGCCCACACCGCCCACGUCGCCGGAGCCGCCGCGCAGCAGUCCCGGGCCGACACCCGCGCCCGGCCCCGCCCGGGAGAAGAGCGCCGGCAAGAGGGGUCCGGACCGCGGCAGCCCCGAGUACCGGCAGCGGCGCGAGCGCAACAACAUCGCGGUGCGCAAGAGCCGCGACAAGGCCAAGCGGCGCAACCAGGAGAUGCAGCAGAAGCUGGUGGAGCUGUCGGCCGAGAACGAGAAGCUGCACCAGCGCGUGGAGCAGCUCACGCGGGACCUGGCCGGCCUCCGGCAGUUCUUCAAGCAGUUGCCCAGCCCGCCCUUCCUGCCGGCCGCCGGGACCGCAGACUGUCGGUAACGCGCGGCCGGGGCGGGAGAGACUCAGCAACGACCCAUACCUCAGACCCGACGGCCCGGAGCGGAGCGCGCCGUGCCCCGGCGCAGCCAGAGCCACCGGGCACCCGCUGCAGUUUCUUGGGACAUACGAGCGCAAAGAAGCUACAGCCUGGACUUACCACCACUGAACUGCGAGAGAAGCUAAACGUGUUUAUUUUCCCUUAAAUUAUUUUUGUAAUGGUAGCUUUUUCUACAUCUUACUCCUGUUGAUGCAGCUAAGGUACAUUUGUAAAAAGAAAAAACCAAGACUUUUCAGACAAACCCUUUGUAUUGUAGAUAAGAGGAAAAGACUGAGCAUGCUCACUUUUUUAUAUUAAUUUUUACAGUAUUCGUAAGAAUAAAGCAGCAUUUGAAACCGC